GAAAAAGGUGAGUACGCGUUUGCGUGUGUCAUUAAAGCCGAGAGGCACAAGGAAAAGCGAUUUCUUAUUAAUAGGAGAAGCAACACAAAGAAACGCUUCAAAACUAAAGAGAGUUGUACCUUCAAUCAAUUAGGCAUUAGUUUCAAGUUGAAGUAAGAAGAAAGUUGCAAUGGAUAACAAAGACGAUCCUAAUGACAAAGACAAAGGGCUAUUUUCAAAUCUUGCUGGAUAUGCUACUGGACACUACCCACAGCAUGGAGGAUCAUACCCUCCACAAGGAUAUGGGUAUCCCCCACAAGGAUAUGGAUACCCUCCCGCAGGCGGGUAUCCUCCUCAAGGCGGCUAUCCUCCGCAGGGUGGGUAUCCUCCAUCUGGAUAUCCUCCACAGGGUGGUUAUCCUCCAUCUGGAUAUCCUUCCCCUGGCGGAUAUCCACCAGCCGGGUAUCCAGGUCCAUCAGCUGCACAUCAUACAGGGCAUGGAUCGAACAUGGGAGGCCUGCUAGCUGGGGGUGCUGCUGCUGCAGCUGCUGCUUAUGGGGCUCACCAUCUUGUGCACGGAAGUCACCACGGGGGUUACCAUGGCUAUGGUCACGGGAAGUUCAAGCAUGGCAAACAUGGGGGGUUUGGUCAUGGGAAAUUCAAGCAUGGUAAACAUGGGUUUGGCCAUGGCAAAUUUGGCAAGCGAUUUGGAUUUGGAGGCAAGUUCAAGAAAUGGAAGUAAUGCAAUAGAGCUAAUGGUGACUUUGAAAUCUAACUCGGUCCACUGAAGAUGAUGUUAUUUUACAAUUGGCGUUCUCAUAAUUACUUCAGAUGAGUUGGUUGUUGAUUUAUUAUUGUUCAGAGUUUAGUUUUGCAUAUUAUAUAUGGCAUUCUAGUAGUUUAUUUGCUUAUGAUGUAAGUAUGUUUGAGUUCUUCAACUGAAUAAUAUAGAAUGACUGACUGUUUGCGUAGAAA